GUCUUGGAGAAGAUGCUGCAAAUCUCUGAGACGAACGGAAAGUUGGUGGACGUGAUCAACGCAGCACACGCAUCGGAGGCGUUGGAGAUGGUGGAGGUGCGGUUCGUCUCCGGAUCUUCAGUGGAGGAGCCGAGUGAAGCAGACGACUUCAUGUCGGACCCAGCCAGUGAGUCCUCGACAGACUCUCAGAAGAGCAAGUCAACGUACGAUCCACAGCUGUCUAUCCCUCCCUCGGACAAGCAACUUCGGAAGCGAAUCACCGUGCCCUUCGUGGACUACGUGGAUGAGAAGGUGCUGGAUGUCCAGACACAGGAGUACUACCGCUUCGGGGAAUCCACUUGGGACCUCUUCCUGUUCAUCGGAACGGGUGCGCUGGGUCCGUUGGGCUCCCUCCAGACCUUUCUUCUCGCCGUGGUCAGCAUGACCAUGCAGAUUGUCUUUACCGGCAUCGCCUGGUACAACUUCCUUUCGCCCGAAGUGGACGAGGACACGAUCCGGGACGCUUUCCGCUGGCGCCGCUCCGCCGGCCAUGUGCUCAGCCAGUAUGAUCCGCUUUCGAAGUCGUCGCUCGCCGAGAGGGUCUGUGCUCUGGACAAGUCCCUGCCGACAUCCGGCAUCCAGAUGGCUUUGUACGAGAACAUCAUCCGCUACCUCAAGCCCAGGGCCGAAGGCGUGGAGUCCUUCUUCACUGGGGAGCGUCUCUGUCUGGUUGCCUUGCUCUGCUGGUACCUCAUGGUGGCCAAGGAGGUGGGCCAUGGCUUGGCGUUGCAUCGCGGCAUCAUGGCCACCCCUCUUGGCCAGACCCGCAUCAACAGCCGGGAGAACCCGUUCACCCUGGUCAUGCAUUACAGGUUGAUCUCGGUCUCCGGGUGGCGGAAGGUCGCCAGCGCCGUCCUCUUGGUGUAUCGGCUGCUGGCCGCGGCGGCCCUCAUCUACGUGGGGACCUUCUUCUUGGUCUACACUAUCGACGUGACCGAGCUGAUCCUGAAUGCGGUGGCUUUGGCCAUCAUCCUCGACAUCGACGAUCUGCUCUUCGAUGCUUUGGCCACAACUCCAGGACGGCACCUGGUGAACCAGAUGGACCCCUUGCCCAUGAAGUCCUGGCCCCGUGUCCGCGGUGCGGACGUGAAGUCCAUGUCUAUGUUGGUGCUGAUCCCUGUGGCCAUGAUGUUCGUCUACACUAGCAUGCUGGCCCCAAUGGUGGCGACCCUUGACAGUGCGAAAGAUGCCAUGUGCGGAGGGAAUUUGCAGUUCGUGUGGAACACGGACCAGCGAAAGGUGAUCCUCUUCAGCCCGACAGAGAGAGACGGCUGGGAAGAUGGGGGCUACCAGCUGCAGUCCAAAGCCAUCGAUGAAGCCGAAAUGCUGAGCCUCAGUGAUGAGAGCUCCGGAACGGCCUGGGGCGUUUGGCUCGGCAGCGUGGAUGUGCUGACGGAGACCUCGAUUUUACCCUUGGAGCAGUCCGUGGAUGUCUUCAACCCAAGGUGUGCCGACUUGGGGGACACAGAGCCUUUGAGGAACUACCUGCGUGAAUUUCUGGGCAACGGGAGCUUGAUGGGCUGCGGUGACGCUCGGCCCUACUGCGGGCUGAUGGAUGGGAGUAAGGGCAAGGGCUUCGCGGCGCGGAUGCUCUGCUCGGACACCUGCGGCUGCAACGAUCCCACCGGAGAGGUGAUGGGAUUAUACCUUAAACCAUAA